AUGUUUGUGAAUAAACAGUCUGCAAGAUACGUCUUUUUUAAACGAUUAUUUGCGGUAGGAAGCAUUACUGGAGACCUGAAUUUGAAAUUGUCUAAUGAGGAAAAUGUAGUGCUGAAUUCUUUGAUUAUUAGAGCGACAAUAACUUUUUGGUUCGUUGAAAAAAGGCAAGCGUGCAGAACUGAACAGCCGUUAACAACCGAUGAUAUUGCAUUGAUUUUCACUAGUAUAAACUGGAGGAAAGACGAGUUAAUGAUGUUUGAAAUGAUGUUUGCAACUAAGUUCCGUGUGCAUCUAAUUCCUUCUGACAAUUUUCUCGAAGAGAAGCGCUUACAUAUCCUACGAUCCGCUUUUGGCAUAGCCAAUUGCUCGUACAUAUUCACUUUUGUAUUUUUUUGUGAAUGGUAUGCACAAAAAGAGGUAACAAUCAAAGGGUGCCUUAAAAUUAUGGACCCACAUAAUCCUCAAGGCAAUGGAAAUCUAAAUAUGGGGAUACAGGGUCAACAAAUGGGAACACAAGGAUUGGGGCAAAAUCCUUAUAACCAACAGAUGCUAUUGGCGCAACAACAAUACAUGAAUAGCUUCAAUUCCUUCUAUGGAAAUAACCAGAUGUUGUCUAUGGAUCCAUUUCAACAACAACAACAGCUAUUCAUGAUGCAAUCUUCACAAAUGCAACCUGUGUUCCAACAGCAACAACAACAGCAGGUUUUGCAACAGCAAUUGCUGCAGCAGCAACACACCCAACAACGUUUUUCACAACAGCAGCAAGUUCAACAACAACAAGCAUUGCAUAAUCACCAACAACGACUUUUGGAAGAACAGCAACGUCAAAUUGAACUUGCUCGACAGCAGCAGCAGCGACAACAGCAAGAAGAAUUACUGCGCCAACAAAGAAUUAAGGAGGCUGAAGAACAACAACGUCAGCGGGAGCUGUUGGCUCAACGUGAGAAGGAACAACAAGAACUGCUAAAACAACAGGAAGAAGCCGCGAGACUAGCCGAAGAGAAAAGACGUCAGGAAGAGGCGGAAAGGAGGAAAAUCGAGGAGUUGAGAAAAAUUCGUGAGGAACAACUGAAGAAACAACGGGAAGCACAGCAAGCGCAGAAUGAUAUGAGAGAUCGAGUAGAUCAGGUACAGGCUGGUCAGGCGCUGACACUUGUGGCUACACAUUUCAACACCGCAUAUGUGAAACUGGUACCGUUCCCAAGUGAAAACAUGGUCAGUUCAAAGAUACCAUCUGUGUGUGAUGCGGGAACGAUGAACUCACUUUUGGACACGUCUGAUCCUACUCUGGUGCAAAUGGUGUCCCAAGCUUUGUCAAACAUCGACGUCAGUGACACCCGUACUCGGAUGGAUAUCCACGAUGGAAUUCCAGAGUCAAAUGACCUUCCUCUUGAUUUGAUGCCUCCUCUUAUUAACGCUGUAAUGAGUGUCAACUGCAACGCGCUCGAUGUAGAACCAGAGCACAAUAUGGAGGCACCGGAGCAUUUGCUCAACGAUAUGGAGUUGGAUCCUGCUCGAACGCUUAACGCUGAUCCAGCAGUAUCUGCUGCCCCUUCGACUGUAGUUGCCCCUCAGAAACCUACAGUAGCUCCGGAUAUGCCAACAACUUCCACUGCCAACGACGACGCAUCGUUCGUUGCACCUGUUCUCGAGGGUCGCGACAACAUACAACUGCGUCGUCAAAUGGCUAGUGUUGGUAAACAACCCAAAGCCAGUCAGCAGCGAAAAAAGAGAGACCAGGUGGAAAGCUUAUAUGAUUCAUUGACUGACUAUUUCGAUCCCUCCGAUGGUCGAAGGCAGAGGAAGCGAACGAAAACUUUGGAAGAAGAGCAGGCGGAUCAGCGCGACUUGGAACUGAUUGCACAAAUGGAAGCACAAGCAGCAGCUGCGGCGGCUGCUGGUGAUAGUGGAGCUGCGGAACUCAGUGAUGAGCGCAAAACGGACGAAAUGAGUGAUGAAGAUCGCAAAUUUUAUGAGAAAAAAGACAGAAGACGGAAAAAGAGGGAGGAUGUCCCAGAGAGACCACCAACUCCUACUGACGUGAUUCACAAACGUGACCAAGAAUGGUCAGAGCGGCAGCGCAAAAGGCAAGAGAAGUUCCGACGACGGAAAGGCACUGAAAGUGAUCAGUGUUGGAACAAUGACGUAAUGGCAGAGCAUGAUUCAAGAGCUCGACUGAAUGUCAUCCUUGACCAGAUCUUCGACCAAGUUGAAGACGUUGACAUGCUAAACAUUGCGAGAAACGGGAAAGAUGAAGAUGUUGACGAAGAAGAGGAAGGAGUUAGUCAGGAACUGCUGAUAGAUCGAUCUGUUUUGGACGACUUGCGAAAUGAAGUACAAAAGCUGCUCACGUGGAAAAAACUCACAAGUAUUGCUUCGGAGCGUCUCAUAAAAUUGAUCACUAUUUUGGAGCGAAACAUGCGUGACGUUGUUAGCUCAGAUGGAACACGCUUACUUGUUCCUAUUAUUACUGAGGAGGAGGGUGAAGAAGACGACCAAGCCUUAAAAGAACUUGUUGACGAGAGGUUGAUUCGAGGAGCAGACGCUGCAUGCACUACGUUGAUGAUUAUGACGUGUCAUAAAAUGCCGAAGCAGGUCUACAUAGAAGACGCUAUUGAGCGAUCUAUUAACCUAUGCCGACAUUACUUGAAGAGCAUCGUGUUUCCUGCCUCCGAUCCGAUGUAUGGACCAGGGAAAAAACAAAAAUCUGAUGAAAAACGAAGGAAGAAAUUGGAACUGGUGCAACGAUCUCCUACGGUUCAACUAUUGUACUCUCGAAUGACCGAUCUCGUCCACAAUUUCUCAAAUCUGGUGCGACAAACCGAUGUUGCUGAGAUUUGUAUACACCAUCUGACAACGGUCGCCAUUCAAUCCUUUUUCGUAAGCAAUGUUGGAGAACUACAGCAGCAUGCCUGUAAUUUGGCAGCCAACAUCUUCGCUAACGCAAAAGAGCACGUUCGCAUGGGGAUGCUUAACGACAUUUUGAAUUCCCUUCAUAGGCUACCAGCCGGUCGCAACGCUAACAAUAGUUACAGAUUCGGUCCUGAUCAGUGGAUUAGCAACACUACAGUCCUUGUUCUUCAACUAUUGCAGAGUGUUGUGAAAGUGCCUGAGAGGGUGCAUCACAGAGGAGAUCAUCAUCACGGUGAAGAUUCAGAUGCGGAACCUGAAAUACAACCAGAUUCUAUAGUGCCUAAUUCUUACAAAGAAGUGCAGGCCCUAGCACAAGCGUUUUCCUCUGGUUUUCUCGCUAGAUGCUCCUCGAAAGGUAACAAAAAUGAAGGUGAAGAAGAUUACCGGGCGCUGUUCGACAGUUUUCUCCAAGAUAUGUUAACUGCGUUUAACAAGCCCGAAUUCCCUGCUGCAGAGAUGUUUUUGCAGGUUGUGGGUAGUCUAUUGGUUAAAAACUGCAGGAACAAAAGUGCUGAUAUAAUGAUCCGAACUGUCAGCUUGGAAUACCUAGGUCUAAUCACGUCGCGAUUACGUAGCAGCAUGAUUUGGUCUGUGGAAGAUUCGAAGGAGCGAAUGGAUCUUGUGGUUAGAACGAUAAAAUAUGAAGAGAACGUCCAAGACGAUGGUACUUCGUUGUGGCCAAGUGUUGCUGAAGUGGACAUUUCGGACAUGACGUUCAGUGAAAAGCAGAUGGUGCUGGAACGUGCCUUACUCGAUUAUAUUGUUGUAAACAAAGAUAUAACUGUAGAGUAUGCUGUAAGAUUUUAUUGUUGUGUUUGGUACAAAGAGAUAUUAGAGGACCUGCAAGAGCUCGAAGCGCGACAUGCAGAAAGCAAGCGAGAAAACUUGUCGGAGAAAGAACAUCGUAAGAAUGAGUCGCGGCAUCUGAAAAAGGUCAAACGUGCGCAAGCUCAAAAGAUCUUUUUGGUUGAUCUACUGAGCAAGAAGAAAGAUAGACAGCGCCGAUAUGAAAAUGCUAAGCGAUUUGGUAGUUCUAUGCUAGACUCCGAUGUGGCGUGGUGCAUUAAGUAUCUCGCUGCAAAAAGAGAGUUUACGCAUUCAUUCGAUUCCUUCCUCAAGCAGAUAAUCGCUGGAAUCACUAGUGAAACGACGGUUAGCUUACGAACAAAGGCGAUGCGUUGCUUGACUCAAAUCAUUGAGAGCGAUCAGACUGUUCUGUUAAUGCCAGAAGUUUCCUCUGCUGCUCAUAAUCGUAUGACCGAUUCAAACGCUGCAGUUCGUGAAGCAACGGUAGAAAUGAUCGGCAAAUUCGUUGUCGCAAACUCAGAUGCGAUUCCAACUUACUAUCCAUUGCUAGCUGAACGUUUGAUGGACACCGGUGUUGCUGUUCGAAAGCGCGUUAUCCGCAUAAUGAGAGAAAUUUGUGAGAAGUAUCCGAAUUUCGAGCAGAUUCCGAGCAUGCUGGCCCAAAUAGUGCGGCGAGUACAGGACGAAGAAGGAGUUAAGAAACUUGUGUUGGAAACAUUUCAGUCUCUCUGGUUUCAGCCGAUUUCUGAGCGAAACACUCCGGCUCUUCUUAAGAAGGUUGUUGUUAUGGCAAAAGUCGUUCAAACAUGUGCUGAAGAGAUGAAACUUGAGGCCUUGGAGACAUUAUUCCUAGCGAUACUUAAACAAGGCGAUAAGAGUGCGUUAGCUGCGAGUAGGCAGAUUGUGGAUAUGUUCAUGGAUAAUGUUCUCACACUUGAAAAUAAAAUAGCAACGGAAAAUGGAGUAACCUCUAAUAAUGCAUCAAAUGAGGACUUAGCUGCAGCUGAGGUUCACAAAGCAAAUCAGGAACGCCUCCUUGCAUGUCUUAACACCUUAACUUUAUUCAGUAAGGUUCGUCCUGAAUUGCUUGUGAGACAUGCCGAAACUUUACAACCUUACCUUUCCAUGAACGCUACUCAGAAAUCGGAGGUCUUGGUUUUGAAUGAGGUAAUUGGAAUGCUUGAGAGAGUCGUACCGCUUAUGAGUCAUCCAAGCGAUGCGUUCCUCACUACACAAGAUCAGAUUCUUGCUAACCUCACAGCUACCGCCAGUGGUGUGGCAACUACAACGGUAACGAUAAGUUGUAUGUCAGCAAUUUGGCAUCGAUUUGGGCGACCUGAAAUUCCAGCUAUUACCGCGCUCUUCAAGAAUUACUUGGAAUUUUUGGUGCGUGUAAAAAAUGCAUUGAAGACGAAACCGAACUGCCAGUUGGAUGGUCCAAAGGUCCUGAGGAUACAAAGGUUUCUCUGUGGAGUGGGAGUUAUGGCUCGGUACUUCGACUUCGAUGCUAUUAUUAAAGAUUCUGAUUUCGAAGGGAAAAUUUUCCCUGCUCACAUCGUUCGACCUGAUUUUUCGCUAAAUGCUGAUGAUGUUGAUCCACAAGAUCCGGAGAAACCACGGCGGAUACGUGACAACGUUUUCGACGUUCUUUUCUUUUUCUCGAGCAGUUCUGUACCUAGUAUGCGGUAUAAAGCGUUCGUAGCUCUAGGUCAUCUUUGUUCUCGUUACCCUGAAUAUUUGAUGUGUCGUGGAGUGAAAAAUAUGUACCACGUGUUACUGAGCUCUGAUGAUCCUAACUUUACGGAAAUGAGGCUGCAAGCUCUUCAAAAUUUGGAGGAAUUCCUUAAAUCCGAAGAGUUGAAGUUAAUCAAAGGAGAUCAGAACUUUGGAAAAGGAAAAGAACAGGAGAAUCUGAAAGAGAUGGAUCAGGCAGGAUCUGGUCUUGGAUCAACGGUGAUUCAAAUCUAUUGGCAAGCUGUUCUUCAAGGGUAUUUCACGAACAACAAUGCCAUUCGUUGUCAUUCAGCUCAGGUUGCUAGUCUCACCUACACGCAAGGUUUGGUCACUCCUGGUACAUCAAUCGCUACUCUCAUUGCUAUGACCACGGAUCCAUUGCCUAUUGUUCGAAAUCGGGUAGAAGCUAUGCUGAAAGACAUCGAUGCAAAAUAUGCUGGAAUGAUCCAGAGCACCGCAACACAAGGUGUACGCAAAGCCUACCAACUACAGCUGCAGAUUCGUGGCUCGUCUUCGGAUAGUGAGCAACGAGUUAUAAGAGGCAUUAGAGCUUGCGAUGUGUCACCGUAUUCUACCACUAAUGCUCGGAUCGAUCCAUCAACAGGCCUUCCUCGUCAUUCUAACGAUGGACAAGCUGUACUUAGCGGAUUAUAUCAGCGACUGCGAACGAAUCGACAGCAGCGAAGAUCGUUUCUCACUAGUGUUUUAAGGCUGUUCAGUGAAGAUUCACGAGAGAAGCUUAGGUUAGAAGAAUGGAUCUUCGUUGCCGAUAAUGUGGCGAUGUUCCCUUAUCAGGUAAUGGAUGAACCACUGUACGUAAUCCACACGAUCGACUCGAUCGUUACAUUAUCUGGUCAGUCGCUGCUCGUCCAGUGCAAAGCACACCUCCGAGCUCGCCAGCAGUACUAUUCUCCACAGCAGCAACAACAACAACAACAACAACAACAGAAAAAUCAACCCAAUGAGGACGACGACCUUCUUUUUGAGCCUGAAACGCUAUACAACCGCUUUCCUGAGGAGAAAGGUCCGUUAUAUGACCUCAUGGAUAACAGUCAGGCGUGCUUUAUUUUGCUCUACCUCAAAAAUUUCCUCAUGAAACUUUAUGGAUUCACAGAAGCGAAAGUACAGGAGUAUUCUCCUUCGGAGGCGGCCAAAGUCUAUGAAAAGGCGCUAUCAUCUCGAAAGAACGUGCCAAUGUUCAAUCCUUUGGCUGCGCUUGAUGGUGGACGUCGUCGAGAUGGAACUAGCAACGAUCCGAUGGCAAAUGAUAGGCAAAGCAUUCAGAGUCACUUUAAUCUGGCAACAAAAAUUUGCAAUUUCCGCAAGAUGUUGCUGUCGCUGGAUCGGAUGGAGAACGAUAACGAUAGCGAUCUCGAAGGCGAUGUGACUGCAGCUGCGAAGGAGCAAGAAGACGACGAAGAUGCCGAUGGUUGUGUGGAACCGAGUGUUGAAACUGCCGACGUUGACACGUAG